CCAGCUUGUUGAUCUCGAAGUUGAGCAGGUUGAUAUACAGAUUUUAUUAUUUUCUAUAAAAGAAAAAAAUGAGUGAAUGUCUAUCAAGUAAAUAAUAAAUGAUUUAGAUCUAUAAAAUAUGAAUUAUUGAUUGUCAAAAAAAUAUAUUUUACAAGUUUGUUUCUAAUUUGAUUUCUUUAUAGUUUUAAUUAUUUAUUAUAAUUUCCAAGAAGUAAAUAUUCUAUCAUAUGAUAAUUUUGUUUUUUUUUUCAAGUAUUUUUUUCUUUUACUCGAAUUUUCAACUUUUAUUUUGAUUAGAUUUAAGAACUUACAUUGUAAACAUUAAUAUAAAUGUUUUUGAGUAAUGCUUAUCAACAUAUGAUUUUGAGAUGGUGGAGAAGAUUUAUAGCUCAAGUGGAUGAUUUUGAUGGAGUUUUGUUCUCUGAGAUGGAUGGUUUGUUCUGUACAGGACAAGCUAUGAAACACAUAUGGAGAAAUUCGAGCACUUCACUUCUAUCUGAAGUUUGUGCUGAUGAUGUCAUUCAGAAGAACGAUGAAAGCUCAACAACCAAACCAUCCAGCUCUGAGAAAAAAACUUCAUCAAAAUACCUAACAACAUUUGUUACACAUACACAAUAUCGUUUUUUCUCGACCAAAACUUUGUAAUUAUUGAACUAGCUUAGAAAGCUAAUAAAAAGA